AUGUCGUCCUUAGAAUUUUGGUUGGAUUUCUUGGGUUCUCCCACUCUCAAUAGCCUUCCUUCUGACUUCAAUAGACCUACAAAUGGUCAAAUUGAUGAACAAAAGAGAAUCAUUUCUGACCUUUCUGAUGGACAAUCUUCAUUUCUCACUAAUUUGACUUUGUUUGUCAUCUUGGUAUAUCGUUUAUCCGGCGAUGAAGAGAUUACCAUUGCUACUGACAAUGACAAGUUUGAGCCAUUUGUGUUGAAACUUACUUUGGAUGAUCCUAAUAGUUCAUUUCAUGAUUUAUAUGAGCAGGUCACCCAUCUUUAUGAUCAACUCUCUCAAAAAGUUGUACCACUCAACCAGAUUGUCAGUGCUUUACAAGACAAGAGAAGUCUUGAUACUGCUCCAGCUCUCUUCAGGGUAUCCUUUCAACAUUCCAGAGGAUCUGAAGAGAAGCUAGCUACCUCUGUUAAUGGAUCUGUGAGAGAUCUGGCUCUUUUUCAGCAAGAAAAUGGACAAAUAAAUGUCUUUUACAAUGCUCUUCUAUAUAGAGAAAAGAGACUUGAAUACUUUGGUGAGCAGUUCAGACAAACUGCCAAUAGCUUUGCUGAGGAUUCCUCCUUACCAAUCUCUAAAGUCUCAUUGAUCACCUCUUCUCAAAAGACCAUUUUGCCCGAUCCAACUGCUGAUUUAGACUAUAGCAAUUACCGUGGUGCUAUUCAGGACAUUUUCAGUGAUAAUGCCGCUAAAUUUCCUGAUAGAACUUGCGUUAUCGAGACCGCUUCCUUUUUAGAUCCCAAAACAUACGAUAGAACAUUCAAUUAUCGUCAAAUCGACCAGGCUUCCAACAUUGUUGGCAAUUACUUAGUUAAAACACAUAUUAAACGAGGCGAUAUUGUUAUGAUUUACGCAUAUAGAGGUGUUGAUUUGAUGGUGGCUGUUAUGGGUGUGUUGAAAGCCGGUGCUACAUUUUCUGUCAUCGACCCUGCCUAUCCCCCUGCUAGACAGAAUAUUUACUUGAAGGUUGCUGAUCCUCGAGGAAUUAUUGUCAUCAAAAAAGCCGGUACUAUCAAUCAGCUUGUGGAGGAUUAUAUUACCAACGAAUUGCAUGUGGUAACUCGCAUCGAUGCGUUGGAACUUCAAGACGAUGGUUGUAUCAAUGGUGGUGAAGACAACAACCAGCAAGAUUCAGCCGACAUUUUGCAGCCUUACGAACAGUACAAGUCACAGCGAACAGGCGUCCUCGUCGGUCCGGACUCUGCUCCAACACUUGCCUUUACUUCCGGUUCAGAAGGAAUCCCCAAAGGUGUUCUAGGUCGUCACUUCUCCCUUGCCUACUAUUUCCCAUGGAUGGCCAAGACCUUUCAUCUCAAUGAGAAGGAUAAGUUCACUAUGCUUUCUGGUAUCGCACACGAUCCUAUUCAGAGAGACAUGUUUACUCCUUUAUUUCUUGGAGCCACCCUCUUGGUUCCAACCCAAGAUGACAUUGGUACUCCAGGUAGAUUAGCCGAGUGGAUGGCUGAACAUGGUGCUACCGUCACUCAUUUAACUCCCGCAAUGGGCCAAUUACUUUCUGCUCAGGCUACGGCUAAGAUUGAUUCUUUGCAUCAUGCAUUCUUUGUCGGCGAUAUCUUGACCAAGAGAGACUGUCUUAGACUUCAGACCUUGGCAAAAAAUUGCUAUAUUGUCAACAUGUACGGUACCACCGAAACACAGCGUGCAGUGUCUUACUUUGAGAUUACUAGUAGAGCUAAAGAUCGUUAUUUCUUGGAGACACAAAAGGAUAUUAUGCCUGCCGGAAAAGGUAUGGAUAAUGUUCAGUUACUUGUUGUGAAUCGUCAUGAUACUUUACAGACUUGUGGUGUUGGAGAGGUUGGUGAAAUUUAUGUUCGUGCUGCCGGUUUAGCGGAAUGCUAUCGUGGAUUGCCAGAGAAAAACAAGGAGAAGUUUGUGAACAACUGGUACACAACUCCAGAUGAAUUUAUUGCCAGAGAUAAGGCGCUCGAUAAAGGUGAAUCUUGGAGAAAGUUUUGGAAAGGUCCACGUGAUCGGUUGUAUCGUACUGGUGAUUUGGGAUGUUACCUUCCUGACGGCAACUGCGAAUGUUGUGGUAGAGCAGACGACCAGGUCAAAAUUAGAGGUUUCAGAAUUGAAUUAGGGGAGAUUGAUACACAUAUUUCUCAGUAUCCUCUCAUUCGGCAGAACGUGACACUUGUACGAAACGAUCGAAAUGGGGAUAAGACUUUGAUAUCCUUUGUUGUUCCUAAGUUGAAUUCUGAUCUUGAAAAUUACUACGAGACUAAUGAAAAGACUGAACAUAUUGCAGAUCCUAUAGUCAAAGGAUUGGUCGAGUUCCGAAAGCUAAUAAAGUCUCUAAGAGCCCAUUUGAAAAAGAGGUUGGCCAAUUACGCAAUUCCUACGCUUAUAAUUCCUAUGACUCGCUUGCCAUUGAAUCCUAACGGUAAAGUGGACAAGCCUAAGCUACCGUAUCCAUCCCAAGCACAGUUGUCUGAAGUGGCCAAAUUUUCUGAACAGGAUGAACAAAAUAUUACGUUCUCUGAAAUGGAGUCUAAAAUUAGAGAUUUAUGGCUUGAUGUGCUACCAAAUAGACCUGCCAGCGUGUAUCCAGAUGACUCUUUCUUUGAUUUGGGUGGUCAUUCUAUUCUAGCUACACGUAUGAUCUUCCAGCUUCGUAAGAAAUUCCGUAUAGAUGUUCCACUUGGAACAAUCUUCAAGCACCCUACCAUUAGUUCAUUUGCUGCGGAAGUUGAGCGGGUUGAAAAACACGACUCCUCUUCUGUUGAACAGACAACCAGCGUCGACUAUUACGAAGAUGCUGUCAAUUUGUGCACGACGAUGUUGAAGCCUGCAUAUGCUACCAAAUAUGGAUUGGAUAGAAGCGGCGAAAUCAACGUGUUUCUCACUGGAUGCACUGGAUUUCUUGGAUCGUUCAUCACAAGCGAGCUUUUAUCUAGGUCAGAUAAGGUCAAUAUCCAUAUCUAUGCUCAUGUUAGGGCUAAAGAUACCGAGGCUGGUAUGCAGAGACUUGUUAAUGCUGGAACCACCUACGGCCUUUGGAAGGAUUCAUGGAGGAAGAGGAUUACUGUUGUGCUAGCAAACUUGGCCAAACCGCAGCUUGGCCUAAGCGACGCCGUUUAUCGUCACUUGUCCGAAACAAUUGAUGUGAUUAUUCAUAACGGUGCCAUGGUGCACUGGGUGUAUCCGUACUCUCAGUUGAGAAAUGCCAAUGUGAUUUCCACAAUUAAUGUUCUCAAUUUGGCCGCUCAAGGUAAACCAAAGAACUUCAGCUUUGUCUCUACCACGUCCACUUUGGACGUUGAACACUUCAAUGCGCUCUCUGAUAAGUUGGUGGCAGAGGGUAAGAAGGGAAUUCCAGAGUCUGAUGACCUAAUGAGAUCUUCCAAGGGCUUGGGUAACGGCUAUGGUCAAUCGAAGUGGUCUGCAGAGUACAUCAUUCGUCGAGCUGGCGAAAGGGGACUUAGAGGUGCCAUUGUGAGACCUGGUUAUAUCCAGGGAAGCUCAUUGUCUGGUGCUGCCAAUACGGAUGACUUUUUACUCAGAAUGUUAAAGGGAUGCCUCCAAGUAGGUGAGUAUCCAGAUAUAAAGAAUGGAGUCAAUACCGUUCCUGUUAAUCAUGUGGCCAGGGUUGUUGUUUCGUCGGCUUUACACCCACCUAUUUUUGAUGGCAAGACUAAUUUGCCAGUGGUUCAGGUUACUGGACAUCCAAGAAUACCACUCAAUAAGAUGCUCGCAUCUCUCACCCAAUACGGAUACGACGUAUCCGAGACACAUUACACGAAUUGGGCAAACGACCUUGAAAGGUAUGUUAUAGAUGAAGGUCAUUCUGAUUGUGCAUUAUUCCCUUUGCUUCACUUUGUGUUGGGGAACUUGCCUGAAACUACCAAAGCUCCGGAAUUAGAUGACUCUAAUGCCACCGAGACUUUGAAAGAAGACGUCCGGUGGAAUAGUGAUGGCCACGAUUAUUCUGAUGGAACAGGCGUCACAUUGGAAGUGAUGGGAAUUUAUAUUAGCUACUUGAUCAAAAUUGGUUUCUUGCCUGUUCCGUCCGACAAGGGACCAUUGAAUCUUCCCGUGGCGGAAGUUUCCGAGGAUUCGUUGGAAUUAAUUAGAGGUGGUGCUGGCAAGAGAAGUAGUGCUGCUAUUAAGUGA